GCUGAACUCAGUGUCUAAAAAUCUCAAUUGUUUUACACCUUACCCCACGAACAAAAACCCGUAUUGACUAACUUCAUCAUGUCAGAUGCAAGUACUCCAACGACUCUCUUGGUUGUGUUUUUGGUAUGUUCGUUCUGUGCACUUUUGAUAGCAGUUAUUGUUAUAUACAAGUGUGCUGGUGCUGAUUCAACCAGAGGAUACGUUAGAGUCGGCAAUAUCAUUGUUGAUAACACUAACUUACCCACAGAGUUCUUGAAUGACGAAGAGGCAUUGGUAGGAUUGUCCGAAGAGUAUGAUUUCAAAAGACUUUCACCUGAAGAACAGUCUUCUUUCCUUAGAGGAGAGCAGUUUACACGAGAUAAUCCACCUGAAUUUCAUAACACUAGAGGAAGAUCGAUCUCAAGAGAGGAUGAGAUCAUAAUCAAGGAGAGAGGUGUAAAUGCAUUUGAAUUUGAACAAGAUGCUGAUAGUUUACAACCUCGAUACAUUGUUGAAGAUAAAACCGAGAUCAACUUUCUUGAUAACAACUCCCCGUACUCCACUGCCACAAGUGUAUUGAAUUACAGCUUGCCUGUAAAAAACAGAUCCUUCUCCGAUUGCAUAUACUUUGAAACCAAAGUGUUUGAAUACUCCAACGCUGGUAAUCCUAAUGCACAUUUUUCCAUAGGUCUCGUGACGAAACCAUAUCCAGCAGGUUUUAGAUUACCGGGUUACAACAAUUUUUCCAUAGCGUACGAAAGUACAGGUAACUUGAAGAUAAAUAAGCCGUUCCCUACCCCUCUACAGCAACAUUGGGGAGAACAGAGCUUUUAUAAUGCAUUGGUACUUCCUCCAUUAUUACAGAGUGAUAUUGUUGGAUUUGGCUACCACGUCUUGACUGGAACCGUCUUCAUAACCCGAAACGGGAAAAAGUUGAUGGACGUAAUGAAAGGUUUGUUUGUGGAUAUGUACCCAGCAAUCGGAUGUUUUCUGACUAAUGCCAAGUUCCAGGUGAAUUUGGGGCAAUUAGGAUUUGUUUGGAUCGAAGCCAACGUCAAGAAAUACGGAUUCAUUUCUACUAGUGACUACAAAAGAAUCAGAGGAGAUAGAGGACUUGCAUCAUUACCUCAGUAUGGGACCUCGUCAAGCCUAAGAGGAGAUCAACUCUUGGACAAGGGUGAUGAGCUUCCUCCAAAAUAUCCUGAAGAUGAACUCGAUUUCUUUGGUCGGUCUCGUAAUCUCAUUGCUUCAUCUUCCAAACAUGGAAAUAUUAACGAUUUUGAUGAGAAGGAUGAUGCUGAAUGCAAGUCCAAGAUCACGCAUGAGCCUGAGGAAAUCAUGGAUUUGAGAGAGAGAUUGUAUGAGCAGAAUAUAACAUUUGAAUCAGAUUCCAGCCAACAGUCUGACGCAGAAAGGUCUCCUCUUUUAGAGACUUCCCCUUUGUUAGCCAAGUCUCCUAACUACGGCAGCAGCAAAGAAAACCUGAAAUCUUCCGAAGAUAUAAGCUCAUCGCGAGUGUUGAACUCGUCCUGGGAAGGUACCCCCACAGGCAUAGCAUCAUCACAGGAGAUAGCCAACCCACAACUAGAAGGAAGUUCGCAUAGUCAUACCCAAAAUAGAAGUAACAAUGUGAAGAACAAAAAGAAGAAAAAGCUGAAAAAGUCACACCGGAAGUAGUGAAGGGUGAUAUAUUAACCAAUAGUAAUAAUAUAAUUUAUACAUGCUACACUAAUUAUACAAGGGGUAUUAUUCCUUUAGAGUCAAGAGGAUUCUUCUCUUAUUUCUUUGCUCUUAGAACCCAGUAUCGAUUUUUCUGGGUCUACCUCUUGGUCUCUUCAUUUGAUUUGGCACGGGAUUGGUAACUGACUUUUUUCGUUUGUGUUUCAUACCUCCAAUUCUAACACCUUUGACCGUAAUUCCUGUUUCUUCCACAGCGAAUUUUCGGGGUCUGCCACGCUUAUCCUUCUUUUGCAAAAGCUUCGAAGCUUCCGAGGCAUCAUACUCUCUCAAAAGGUAAGCCGAUUGCAGCUUAUCUACAUAACUGGAAAGCACUGGUCCGUCUUCACGUUUCAUUUGCGUCCUCAACGCCUUAUAGUUGGGAUGCGAUGAGUCGAUGUAGCUGUUUAAAGUAGGAUCGAGGAUUAAAAGCUUUGGACGACCUCUCUUUCUCUUUUCCGCAGGAACAGGUGGUGGGUUAUCAAACUGAUGGAAGGUGGGGUUUGUUGCUUCAAGACUUUGGUUCUU